UUCAUUGCAUAGACGUGAAACGCGAUGGCAACAACGGCAGCCUACGAGGGUGCGAAGGUGGUUUUCACAGUUUGUAUUCACACGCUACUGCUCGCGGUGGCCUACUGCGGCGCAGCUCAACCAUCAUCGGUGUCGUCGUCGUCCUCGGGUGCGCUUCCGGAACCGGUAUGCGGUCAGAUCUCGCAAAUGUUGGACAGCUGCUUCCGCAACUCAUCGCCAUCGAUCGCCGUCGAGCUGCUGAACACGGCCAAGAUACCGGACUCGGUGGAGGAAAUCGGUGACCGGUGCCUGCUGUUCAAUCGCGGGAUGGAGUGCGUGAAACACUACAUGAACGUGUGCGUCGACCAGAAGGAGCGCAAAAUCAUCGAGAAUGAGGUGUACGGGGCUAAGCGGCUGUACGAGUUCCUGUGCCGCGACCGGUCCUUUCAGCAGGAGUUCCUGGAGCACAAAGCGUGCUUUCACCUGAUCCAACACGAUUGGGACGUCUGUUCGAGCAAGUUCAUCGGCAUCCUGAAGGAGGAGAUGACGAAGACGACCAAACAGUCGAUGAACGUGCAGUACAUGCACUUCUGCUGCGCCCGGUAUGGUUACGAGAACUGCGUCUACAACAGCGCCCGGUACAAAUGCCAGCACAAGUCGGCCGUGUUUCUGCGUACCGUCGCGAAGUUGUUGUCCACCGACCGGCACUUCCUGAACUGUGAUAAGAUCGAGCAUGAGGUCUGCUCGGGUGGUGCGUCCUGCUGGGCCCGAUCGGCGCUGGUGAUGUCGAUGUCCGUGCUGGGGCUCGUCCUUGGUCGGCAUUUCCUGCUCGGUGGGUAAUUGGCUGCGUGAGGACCGAAUUGUGGUUUCAGAAGGCAUACGAGUUGGAAGACAGCAAAGGACCGCUUAACCGGCACGUUCGCCGGUGCGUUUGUUUAGGAAUAUUCUAGAUCUGUUACCCAUUAUCGGUUUGUUGUGGUGUUAAGUGGGAUGCGUUCGGCUUGACCCAUGGCUUCGGAAGCCGAUUUUAGCGAUCAGCAUGUUGUGAUACGAAUUACAUAUUCAUCGUUACGCUCUCGCGUGAGUUUUCUACACGGCUCGGAAAAAAAUGCCAUGCGUGUUAGUUCGUCGUGUGGCGCUGCAGAAGAGAAAUGUACGUUUUAAACCCAUAAGACACAGUAUUUUGGUCGAAAAACAUCAGUAAGAAUAAAAAUAACAAAAGAAAAAAGGAGAAGAAAAUUUCGACGUAUAUCGUGAAUAUGUGCACGUGUGUUUCGUGUGUUUGCUU